GGAAGGGUCGCAAACUUUUUUCUUCUGCUGUCCAAGUUUUACCUGUCGCGUUGUUCCGUCGCAUUUCCGUCGUGCGUGUUUGUCCCUGGUCCGGAGGUCCGUGCUGUCCUUUGUGCUCGUCCCGCGUCACACCCGGCUAAAUUAGUUCACGGCCUAGCGGAUUUGUGUUGGUUUUUCUAGGACAAGGCCUCCUGCGAACGAAUCGAACUCUCUUGUGAGUGGGGUGGUGGAAAAGCAAGCGCGUUGAAAAACAGUAGCAGCAGGCCACUACACAAAAUACAACAUGGCUGACCGAAGAUCUGGCGGAUCGAGCCGUAACAAUUUCAGCGAUGAGAAAAGUCCGGCGGACAUUCCGCCCAUGUCGCGGCUCUUCAUCAUCUGCUCCAAGUCGGUCACGGAGGAAAAUUUGCGCGAGCACUUUUCCAAGUUUGGGGAAAUUGAGGAGGUUUGGAUUGUGAAGGAUCGGCAAUCGGGGGACGCCAAGGGGGUGGCUUACAUCAAAUUUUCGAAAACGUCGGAAGCGGCGAAGGCGCUGGAAGAAAUGAACGGCAAAACCAUCGGGGAUAAUUCGAGGCCCAUUAAGGUCCUCGUGGCGGCCAACCGGCAGCAGGGCUCGCGCAAGCAGACGGACAACGAGGAGGAAAAGUAUCUGCGGCUGUUUGUGCUCAUUCCGAAGGAGAUGUCGGAGGAGUCCCUGCGUGAGGAGUUUGGCCAGUACGGCACGAUCGACAACGUCACCAUCAUCCGCGAUAAGGUGACGAAGGAAGGCAAGGGAUUCGCGUACGUCAAGUUUAGCCGGUUCACGCACGCGGCCAGGGCUUUCGAGGAUUGCGACGCCAAGUACAAGGCGGUGUUUGCCGAGCCGAAGCCGCCGCGGAAUGCUUCGGUGUCGUCGAGUGACAACUUUGGCGGGUUUGGGGGUGGUAGUGGAAGUGGAUCAAACGGGUUCAACGACGAACGAGGCGGCGGUGGUGGCGGUCGGGGUGGAUCCGGCGGAAUGGGAAGCUCCGGUGGACCGAUGAUGAGCUUUGGGUCGAUGGGAUCGGGAGAUCGACGAGGUCCGGGCAUCAGCAACGACCGGUCGGCCAACUUUGGGUUCAACAGUAGCGGAUACUCGAGCGGUGGUCAGGGACAGGUCGGUAAUCCGACGGAGACCACGCUGACGGUGCUGUGCAGUCCGUCGCUGAACCAGGACCAGCUGUGGCGUCUGUUUGACAUCAUUCCGGGGCUGGACUACUGUCAGAUCAACAAUGAUUUUAACAAUCGCAACGUUACCGCUACGGUAGUUUACAACAACGCCCAGUCGGCAAUGUACGCUCGCGACAAGAUCCACGGUCUGGAGUAUCCGCCCGGGGAACGUCUGAUCAUCCGACUGGGUCACGAAACGGUCGGCGUAAUGACCACCAACGACCCGUUCAACGGAGGUGCUGGUAAAUUUGCAGACCGCGACGCCUCGUUCUGCAGCGUGCCGCUGCCGGCGCCCCUGCCGAUGGCCAACCCGAACGCGGACGUCGCCCAGCGUUGCUUCAUCGUGUGCAUUCCGAAGGCGCUGCCCACGAGCGUGCUCAAGCAGACGUUCUGCCGGUUUGGCGACCUGAUCGACGUGUAUCUGCUGCCGAACAAGAACUGCGGUUACGCCAAAUUUGCCAGCGAAAAGAGCGCCAAAAAGGCGAUGGAGACGCUGCACGGUGCCGAAAUUCUGAACGUCCGGCUAAAGGUCCUGGAAGCCGAGGAGCCCAGCAACGACCGGAGGAAGCGCAUGCGGCACGAGGAGCGCAUGGACAACGAGUAAGCGGAGAAGCUGUGUCACUGCAUGCAGAGUGUAACAGGUUCUCCAGGCGUGGGCGCAAUCAAGCAGGGGCAUCGUCGCAUGGGGAAUGCCGCGAGAACCACGCCCUGAAAGGAUUUCCCAACUACAAGAACUAUUUAUACCUACCCUUACGCUAGAGACGUACGAACAAACCCUACUACAGUACAGUACUCCCAACAACAACAACUACAACAAAAUAAGAUGAAAAUACUAUUGAAAAAAAAACAAGUACCUAGCCCCAGAUCACCUACCAGAAAGACGACCGCUUGGACUGCAACAACAACUGAAAAAAACCAACCAUCACAAGAACGCAGAAAAAAACGCAGAACGCAACGCAAAACGUAACGACUUCAUGCUUCAUGAUUUCCCAUCGGUCGUAUGUGUGUGUACGAAAUAAGAAACGCUUGAACGUCAUGAAACCUGGACCAACUGGACCAACCAACAUCCCGAACCCGCAGACCUAGCCAGACACACUAGACCUGGAAGAAGAAGCAAGCGAGUGUUGUGGGGUUUGCGAAACGGAAGAGUGCAUGUGAUGAGUGCGCACGUAAACUGGGACUGAGAUGAACAAUAUUUUCACAAAACUGCACACACGUACACACAAAACUGGGUAGGAUUUGUGGCUGGCAACAACUGUACAAGUACGUUUUACUGAGGAACUAAGUUACGCAACUUACACACACAUACCCAUACAAAUCCGUUUUUAGGAACUAAGAUUAUUUUUAUGUUUUCAAACAAAACUAGCGAGUGGAAGGGCGGGCAGCAGCAAACAGAAAAUACCUACAAAAAUUCACCAUAUUUACGACUAACUAGACGUUAAGAACGUAUUUUUGUCAUGCUUGAAAACCUACCGCUUCUAUUUACCUACUCAAAACUAGUACAAUUACUUCUGCUACUACUUCUUACUGUUGCUACGUUGGACUUGAAACCCAAUUUUUACCCCUUAACUCAUUGUAACAAACACACACACAAACAACACCGAUACAAUCGAAUUCGAAUAUUAAGCUAGUGUACAAUUUUUAAACGGUAUUGACCAUACUUUUAUUCGAAACUUUACAUACUUCAAGUUUAGGACUAGCGCCACAGCAAACUUGCUGUCAAAAAGCUCAUGAGAUUACUAGUUUGCACAGAGUGCUGCUGCUGCGUGCACUAAAUUGUAUUAAGGACACAUUCGAAUGACUUGAUGGUAGGGAUAAAAAGGGAAGAAUGAGGAGAGGGCAGUGAAAAUUAUAAAUAAAGAUUUUAUAUUUACUGCGCAGCACGCAAACUUAUCCUAUAAACGACUUCAUCCGUUUAACGUACCCACACUGAAACGAAAGUACAUUCACAUCUACUACCAAAAUAUUCAUCAUACACAUACAUACAAAUUACUAGAAUGGUAACGUUACUGUGGACGCAAACUACAAAAAGAAAAAACGCAUCAGAAAGUACAUUUGAAUCGCUCGUUGAAGCGAAAAUUAGUCUUUUUUGUUUAUAUUUACGCGCUAAGGUGAGAAAAGGACAAGAAUUUUACGUUAGAAUUGCAACGACAAAGAUUUCUUUUGUGUUAUUUUUACUACCCCUUUUUAAAACAUUAAUUAAACUACAUCAUUCAUUUAACAACAUAAAUAGACAUAUAUUUUAACCAUAAGUGAAUAUCAACAAACAUUAACCUUAGCUCCAAUUUUGCCAAGCUAACAUCCCAAUCAGCACGCGAACAAUCGUUAGUGGUGUAAGUCCCGUUUCUAUACUUGUUUUGUUUUUUUUCUAUUGCGUCGUUUAUCUCAAAAUUGUAAUACUCUCUUUUCAUCCGUCAUUUGGUAUCGAACAAAAAAAAACGCUUAGUAAAGUUUACUAACAAACAAGCACUAAAAAUCAUUUGUUUUGCUCGCGAUUCAUCAAAAAUAAGAAAAAAAGAACAGUGAGUGUGGAAGGUCCGAACAAAAUGAGGAGAAGAUUGAUCGUGUGUGGUUUAACCGUAAUCAUUUUGACUCCCUUUGAGAAUUUUCACAAAUAAAUAACAUUUCGCGUGUGAAUAUUGAGGAAUGUGGAAGAAGAUUUGGAACUUUUGUGUGCGACGGGGUGGCGAAGGAAUGUGUUUCUUGAGACAGUGAUCGGGUUCGUUCCAUUGAAUGGUAUUUUUUUCGUAUUUGUUUGAUUGAAGAAACAUUGGACAAACCAUAAAAAAAAACAAGCAAGCAUAAAUGCGAUCAUUUGUGCGACAGUGUAUUAUGAUCUAUAGCUAUUAUAUAUACAACACAUGGAUAAAAUAUAUAUAUUUAGUAUAUAUGCGUAAGAGUGUAUUGAAGACAUCCGAGUAAAUAAAGAAUUGCCAACAGUUUUUAGUAGAA